GCAAUCUCUUAGUUCGAGUGGCUUACACGAUUUUUAUUGACACUAAUGUGAUUUUGGUAUCAUGCCACCUCAAGUGUUUAUUAUGAGGGCAGCAUGGCAGCCAAAUCAGUGAUAAAACCAUGGACACUUCAGAUUAUGAGCUGGAUGAUGAAUAUGGAGAGCUCCCUCCAGUGUUGAAAGAUGGAAAGGAAGUCAGUGUAAGGAAGUCUGAGGUAUAUGAAUGGGAUGAGGAGGAAUACGUUUUUGAUGAGAGAUAUCUGCCAUAUUACUCCAUCAUAGAAGCAUUGUCACUGGAAAAUAUCUUUGAGGUAUUAUCUCAUUUAGAAUGGUACGAGUUGUGUACGAUGUCCCAGACUUGCACAGCAUUCCAUGAUAUAUGUAACAGUCCCUCUUUGUGGCAACAUAUGAAAAAACUUAACUUUACAAAGUGCAAAAAUCCUAAUGAAACAGAUGUUUUUCAUAUAGCCCAGAGAUGCCCCAAAGCAGUCUUAGCCAUUACUGCCAAAUGUACAGGAAUACAGCGUUUUAAAGUCAGCUAUAGCAAUAAAAUUCAGAAGUCAUCCAUCUUGGAUCUUGUUUCUUCCCAUGUUGACUUGCAGGAAUUGUACAUAAAGAAAUGUUCCGGUGUAUCAUUUCUGAAUUUAGAGCAUCAAACCACAUUAAAUGCAAAGUUCCAGCACUUGAAAUCAAUAAGCCUAAUUGAGUGUUUCAUGGACCAUGACAAUUUUGUUACUAUGGCUACCAGUUGCCCGACUGUUGAAGAUUUAGAUCUGUCAAAAUCGCAUAUUGAUUUCCUGUCAAUAGGACCUAAUCAGGCGGGUGCUGAUGUUGUCAAAGCAGAUUUCAAGCAACUGAAGUCACUCGCUCUUAACACUUGUACUGAUUUGACCAAAGUCGAAGUUUAUCAAAAUGUCAAACUAGAAAAAAUCUCAAUGAAUAAUUGCAUGCGCCUUGCAAGUCUUAAGUUACAAUGUGAGAAUGUUGCUGAUGUUUCUGUUUCUGGUUGCUAUGCACUUGAAUGGUUGGACAUCACAUCAACUAAACUAUCUGAGAUGAUACUGAGUUAUUUACCAGGACUGCAAAACAUCAAACUAGAGUGUAACAAUCUGGCAAAAUUAGACCUAUCACAUUCCACAUGCAUCAUUUUUCAGUGUCUACUGGAGUCAAUUUCCUUGAGCAAUAUUCGGUCUUUGAAUAUAAUAGGUUGUAUUCAGUUCAAUCCUGAUGACAUCAGUGACAAGCUACUACCAAAGUUGACAUGUUUACAUGAACUGCUGUGUGGUGGACAUUCAUGGAGUCAUUCAUCUUAUAAUAACAACAAUAUAAAAAGACUGUCAAUCAGAGAUGCAGUAAAUUUGUGGACAUUAGAGAUGAACUGUUCUUCAGUAGAGAAACUUGAAAUUGAUAAUUGUGCAUGUAUGAUGGAAAGUGAACUGUUUGAGACACUGUCAUAUGGUAAACGGGUUGAAAGAAAACGUAGAAGUAGCAGGAAUGACGACACAGUGGUCACUAUUGGAGGUGUUCCAAAUGUACAACAUUUAACACUAUCUCGACUCGGGAAUCUCAAUGGUAAAAAUUUGAGUAUUAUGAGAAAUAACCUCAUUAAGUUGCAAGUGAUUGAGCUAGUUAAAUGUGACUUUGUCAAAAUAGUUGAACUUACAGAUUGGCCUGAAUUGUGUGAUGUUAGAGUUAUUGGCUCCCCACGGUUAUCAACUUUUACAGUUUCUGGUUGUCCACAAGUUAGUAACAUUAAUCUAAUGUGGUGUGGUGCCGUAGACUCAUUUCACAUAACCGCCAACAAACUUCAGACAUUAAACACUGCUGGAUGCGUCUUCAAGGAUUUUCACCUGCAAAGUACUAGUUUGGAAAUUCUCAAUGUUGCUGAACUAUACACACUGCCAAGUGCCAUGGUGAAUCUUUGUUGUCCUAAUUUGAAGAGCUUAUCACUGAAUUUACAGUUAUCAGCAAUGCGGAAAUUAAAAGAUAUUAAACUUGAUGAGAAAUGCCAGUUAUCAGUUUUGUUUCUGAAUAAUUUACCAAAGUUAGCUGGCAGUGUUCGUGACAGUGUUUUAUCACAGUGUAGUGGUUCUCUCAAGGAGCUAGAAAUCAGAGGUCUACCACGAGAUUGUAGUCUUGGUAUACACGCUGCAUAUCUGGUGUCAUUGACUCUAAAUAACUGUCGAAAUCUGACACACCUUGACAUUAUAUGCCCAGGGCUAAAAUAUUUACGUAUACAAGGUUGUCCCAGUUUGACCAGUAUGAUGUUUUCAGUCGACGAGUUGACAUCUCUAGACACAGCUCACAGUUCACAGUUGGUUUCAUUGAAAACCCUUCAUUUAUGCAGCAAUGAUGUGAAGUUCCUUGCCAGGAUGUUAGCAAUUUAUUGUCCAAAUUUGCAAGAGUUGAUUCUGUCUGGUCACAGGACAACAAUGAAUCGUAUUCUGAGUGCUGGUCACUCGUUACCCCAUCUCCACACUGUGAGAUUGCACAACUGUGAAUUUGACGUUGAGUUGAGAAAACACAAUCCUGGUCCAUUGGUGAUUGAUGUUGAUAAACUUCAUAGAUCUGAAUCAUCUGAUGACAGUCUAUUACAUAAUACACUCAGUGUUUAUUUCACCUAA